CCGCGUAACGCUGCAGCUAAGUUACAGUUUGGCACGAGACAGGAGCGGAGGGUCUGAGCAGCUGACCAGCAGCUAAAGUGAUGGAGACGAGAGAGAUCAUUUUAUUCACUGUUAUUGCCUCGCACUACAUUUGGAACGCCGUCUUCGUCUCGUGGCUUUUCACGCAGCUGCCACCUAUGGAUAUGACCGACUAUGAAUUGUUUAUUUGAAGUUGGGCCACCUGAUCCUGUUUGCGCCAGGAUAGCCGACUAAGCUUAGAGCAAGAGAAUUCGUAAUGAGUAGUUGUGCAAAUGGUCCAUUUCCUGACCAGAGAACCGGCGCGGAAAGCAGAAUUUCAUCCUCCUAUCUGCGCGUAAAGGACUUGGACAUAACGGCUCCGUUCCCCGCUGCCUGAACCACUGUGCGCUAUGUUUUAGUAAGUAAGAAAGAAAACUGUAGUUAGAAUAGGAGCGUGUGACAGGAUUAAUUUUGCUAGCUUUCAUGUGAGCGUUUUCUUUCUUUUUCUUUUUUCUUUUUCUUUUUUCGCGCACACCCAGUAAUGCACCGCAGUUUAGCAGCUCCACUAGCUCACACGAUCUGUAGCAGGACCUGAAAUUUGACAGGCAACAGGCCACACCAUUCACCGUGAAGGGACGAAACCAUUGCUCCGUGAUCUGAACUUUCACUAAAACAAGUUUUCAGAGUUGCAUCUAAGCGGACCAGCGUGGCAGGAGUGGAACAUGGCUUUGCCAGAUAGUGGCAUAUCUGCGGAGGAGAUACCCUUCCCGGAGAUCAUAGAGCUCAAUGUUGGUGGGCAGGUGUACAUAACCCGCUACUCUACCCUCACAAGCGUGCCAGAUUCUUUGCUGUGGGAGAUGUUUACUCAAAAGUCAGCCAAAGGACUAGCCAGGGACACCAAGGGGCGCUUCUUUGUGGACCGUGACGGUUUCCUCUUUCGCUACAUCCUGGACUACAUGCGCGACCAGCAGCUGGUCCUUCCAGACCACUUCCCAGAGCGCGGACGUCUGCAGAGGGAAGCUGAGUUCUUCAACCUGCCGGAGCUCGUCAAGCUUCUGGCACCCAAAAUCAGCAAACAGAACUCCCUUGGUGACGAGGGAUGUCCUAGUGACACAGAGGACUCCUCACCUGGAACUGACACCGCCCGUACCCUGGGCUCUCUGGGUGCCGCUGCUGCUGCCUGUGCCAGCCUGGUGCCUGGUGCCAUGGAUGGCAAACGUUCUGGUUUCAUCACUAUUGGAUAUCGAGGCUCCUACACCCUGGGGCGUGACAGCCACACGGAUGCCAAAUUCCGCCGGGUGGCACGGAUCAUGGUGUGUGGGAAGACCUCCCUGGCCAAAGAGGUGUUUGGGGAAACGCUGAACGAGAGCCGUGACCCUGACCGCCCCCCUGAGCGCUACACAUCCCGCUACUAUCUCAAGUUCACCUUUCUGGAGCAGGCUUUUGACAAGCUGGCAGAUGCAGGCUUUCACAUGGUGGCCUGUAAUUCCACAGGAACCUGCGCCUUUGCCCAUGAGCAGACGGACGACAAGAUCUGGACCAGCUACACUGAAUAUGUGUUCUACCGUGAGUGAGACUAUCGGCUUUGUUUCCCCGCUCCAUCUAGGUGUAGUCCCCAGCCCUGAACCACAGCAACCCCACAGCCUUUCCUGCAGAGACUGAUACCUUCUAAUCUCCUUUUGUACUCUCUAUGUAAUGCAUCUGCCUUGGUAAAGCACAAUUCUGUAUCCAAGAGCUAAUUUUGUUUAAUAAAAACAUCAGUGUGUCUAUAUGACUACUGAACCAGUCAUAAGGGCAUAAGGGAAAGGGCUUCAAAGAGUUGCCGUGAUGUACAGUGCUCUAUUUUGCCUGCUUAUUCAAGCAGAUCGGACUCUCUCCUGCUCCUUUGAACUAAAUUACCAAAUAAUUGGACAUCUUAUCAGCCUUGAGGGACGUGAGAAACCUCAGCACACACAAAAAAAGGAAGUGUAAUCUAAUUUCAUUCAGUUUUUAUUGAAUGUGUCCAGUACCAUGUGGUUUGGGAACGUGCCAUAGUUAAUCUGUUCAGCUGUUGUUUGGAGUGAACGGAAGGGAAAUGAAUGCAGUGAAGUUAUUUUGAAAAAGCAGAAUGAAGUUGUGUGGUGGUCUCCAAAAAAAACAAAACAAAACAAAAAAACAGGUUGUGUGGCAAAUGUUGGAAAACUAUUAAAGCUCAAAUAUCAAGAGAUCUUGAGGGGGGAAAAAGGUUGCCGGAUGAAGUGUGUGUAUUGACUGUGCAGUGGAGCAUUCAGUAUUUUAAUCACCCACACUGAUGGGGCAGAGAAGAUGGAAGGUGUUACAUCACUAAUGGCCCACUGCUCUUUUUUCCAUUUAUUGUGCUUCUUUGAAAUUUAAAAUUGUCCAGUUACACCUUAAAGAUGAUUUUGAUCUCAGAUGUUAUCGGAUGUUUCUUGAACCAUCACUUCCUGUUGUUUCCAAAAGAAGAAAGCAGUAGUUGCCACAGCAGAUCAUGUUUUGGGGUGUCCUGUAAACGAUAAUGUUACUCUUAAUACUCGGUUUGGUAUUAGUUGAAGUAGCUGCAUAUUUGACUAUAGCUUUCUCUUUCUGUAAGUGAAUAUCCAUGAGAAAGGGUAGGAUCCACUGUAGCCAGCUGAAGCCCAGUGUUUUCUCACCGCUGUGGCAAGGGCAGUUUAUAGUGAGCAGGUGUAACUCUAGUUAUGCACAAUCGGCUUAGAAAGGAGUGUCAGUUCCAGAUACAGCCUCAGGACAGGUCUGCACAUCAUAUACCUCAGCCUAAAAUAAACUUAGGACACUUCAAUCCAACAAAGGAACCAACCAGAUUACACAGAAAUCCUGAAACAGUGAGGAAAAUACACAAAAUGAGGACAAAUAAGAGGUUUAAUGUAAAACUGCUCGAGGAACAGCCAGCGAGGCAGUGCAGUGCAGGAUUUCACCCAGCGACAAGGUGUCGAGUCUGCGUGUGUCUGACAGUUAUAAUAAAUGUAUUCUGAAAUGUCUAGAAAUUGCAAUGUUGUGUUUCAGUGUGAUGAAGUGUUGUUGACAUCCGACUCAGUAUGUUAGACGCUGCUGCAGUGCGUCGCUGCAGGCGUAGACAACACUGAUAUUAAGAGUGUUCUACCAAAAGCAAAUUGAUUUGUCAAAUAAAAUAUGCUUUCUUUCCA